AUCUGCAUUCUGCUGUUGGACUUAUGUAUGUCCCCCCCAGACAGAAAAAGAAAUUAUUAUAAGUCCGAGGGGGGCAUGCAUUGUCCGGGGUGAGGUCAUCGUGUUACAAGUAUAUAAACUUAUCCGUUACCGGUCAGUCCACUAGAUCUACAACUACUACUUGUACACCGGUAUCUCCAUACAAAUUGUAUAGAGUCAUAGUUUCCAUAUAUCGGCUCUAUUCUCCAGGGGCCCUUUUCCUCCUUUUUUCUUCAUUAAUUCUUUCUCCAUUGAACUCAUUCUCACUGUUCCCACUCGUACAAUAAAUAAUACGGAGGUAUACUAGCUAAAAUAGCUUAUUUCGCCCCUUGAAAAGAAUCACAUCAUCUGCUAUCCAUUUGGCUACUACUCCCGUAGCUGGUCAUGGCUCAGACAGAAUUCUGGUCAACAUUGGUCACUGCUAUCGAUCCCGGUAACAACAAAGCCAUGCCGGCUGUUCUCCAAUCUACUAUCGAUCUACUUGAGACGGAGCUCGUCAAGGCCAAGGCCGCUCUCGAGGAAAUUCAACCGCAUGUUGCUGCGACAGCUAUCCAGCGGGACGAGUUGGCCAUCGGGGCCAUGACUGCUUAUCGCCAACAUCUCAUCACACGAGCCCCAGAUUUCUAUGGCUCCCGUCGUUUGUCAGCCAAAGAAAUCGGUCUGGUGCCGGUGGUGCAAGAGGUGGCAUCUGACAGUGAGGACAGUGACGUCGAGCAGCCACCAUGUGCCGUGACUGUGAUGCCGCCCAAACGGGCCUCGCUCGUGGAUGUGCUGUCCAAUGGCUUGAUCCUUGAUCAUAUGGCUCCAUAUCUGGGUGCCUCAUCGCUGCUGGCUCUGUCGUCGACUUCACACUUUAUCCGGUCAAUGGUUCUCGACACGCCCUAUGUGUUUCGCCACCUCGACCUCACCCAAUGUCGCGGCGCCCAGGUCGCUCCAUCGGGUGCUGCUGCGAGUGUGCCCAUGGACGAAGACAUGGUGACAGAAGAUGAGUUCUAUGCAGCGCCUUUGAGGGGUAUCUUUGAAAAAUUAGCACGGCGAUCGAUCCUCCAAGGCGUGCGAACCUUGAUUUUGGAUGGUCUUUCCGUUCCGGCUGAUGUAGUCGGCGAUAUCGUGCUAUCGGACCGUUUCAAUGUCAACAUUCUGUCAAUCAGGGACUGCCAACACCUCAACGAGCGGAAACUGAUGCAGGCCCUCCAGUAUUCAGUACGGCCAACGCGCCCCCCAGGAACCCCACGAGUCAAGGCCAUCUACCACUUUACCCCCAUGGAGAGCCAACCUAGCGCCCCUGUGCGACCUCGGUAUCGUGACUGGUGGGGCUCCAGAUGUCAAUCGUCUAGUGCCACGCCUCCGUCAGCGGAGUCCGCUCCGGAACUAGCCCAGUCCCAGGUACAGAACGCCUGGUACCGUCCAUCCGGCCAAUUACUCAAGAACAACGUUGACGAGGAAUGGGCGAAAACCAUUCAAAAGUGCGAAGGCAUCAUUGCCUUUGAUGCAGUCUUGUGUCGCGGGCCUAGACACGACCUAUUUGCGAACACAAACCAGUCAGAAGGUCGAUCACUGGGGCCAGCCAUUGCCACGGUAGCCCUAGGACCCCAGGGUUGUGAUGGCUGUAACACCUGUCCCGAGGGUCCGACUAUCUGGGGCCAGUCCGCUCUUGAGAACUUUCCUUUACUAGCCCCCGUUCCUCUCCAUUCGUCCUCGAUCAAGGCUGCGAAGCGUCCCGUCCUGUACUCCGACGAGAGCCCGGUUUUUAUUGCCCGUUGCACGGACUGCAUGACCGAUCGUCGGUGCCACCGCUGCAGCAAGUGGUUCUGUUCCGACUGUUUGCCCCAGCCGGUUCGGAUCAGGGUCAAUCUCUCGCCGCAUCAAACGGCAGUCCAGGGGUCUCAUAGCGCAAGUGGCAGCGCUAGUCCAUUGCCGGAGCAGGAGCUCGAGCGCGGUGUUAGCAAAGACUGCUGGGAAUGCGGUCCAACAGUAAGUGACUUUAUCCCGCAUGUCAUGAUGAAACUGAUCGUUAACGAUGAGAUGACAGUGUAUGAGCUGCAAGAUCGAAGUCGAACGAAAGUGCCAGAACUGCCGUGGUGAAUAUUGUAUUGAACAUAACGAGGGUUGCUCUGACCAUAUAGUAAGCCAAAUCUCAUCCGGCCAGGUCGGAAGAUCGAAUACUAACUGCCUUCAGUGUGACUGGUGCAAUACAAGCGCACGCCAUCGCUUGAGGGGCAUCUAUUGAUUCUGUCAACAAUCAAAUUUGUCCCAUGCAUAACCC